AUGUCUCAAAUUACUUUAGGUAAAUAUUUAUUCGAAAGAUUAAAGCAAGUUCAAUGUCAAACCAUCUUUGGUUUACCAGGUGACUUCAACUUAUCCUUAUUAGAUAAGAUCUACGAAGUCCCAGGUAUGAGAUGGGCUGGUAACUGUAACGAAUUAAACGCUGCUUACGCUGCUGACGGUUACGCCAGAAUUAAGGGUAUGGCUUGUUUAAUCACCACUUUCGGUGUCGGUGAAUUAUCUGCCUUAAACGGUAUUGCCGGUUCUUACGCUGAACACGUUGGUGUUUUACACGUUGUCGGUGUCCCAUCUUUAUCUGCUCAAGCCAAGCAAUUAUUAUUACACCACACCUUAGGUAACGGUGACUUCACUGUUUUCCACAGAAUGUCUGCUUGUAUCUCUGAAACCACUUCUAUGAUCACUGACAUUGCUUCUGCUCAAGCUGAAAUUGACAGAUGUAUCAAGGCCACUUACAUUUCCCAAAGAACUGUCUACUUAGGUCUACCAGCUAACAUGGUUGACUUAAUGGUCCCAGCUGAUGUCUUAAACACUCCAAUCGACUUAUCUUUGAAACCAAAUGAUGUCGAUGCUGAAACUGAAGUUUUAGGUGCUAUCUUAGAAUUAAUCAAGGAUGCCAAGAACCCAAUCAUCUUAGCUGAUGCUUGUGCUUCUAGACACGAUGUCAAGGCUGAAACCAAGGCUUUGAUCGAUGCUACUCAAUUCCCAUCUUUUGUCACCCCAAUGGGUAAGGGUUCCAUUGAUGAACAACACCCAAGAUUCGGUGGUGUUUACGUCGGUACUCUAUCCAGACCAGAAGUUAAGAAGGCUGUUGAAUCCGCUGACUUGAUCUUAUCUGUCGGUGCUCUAUUAUCCGAUUUCAACACUGGUUCUUUCUCUUACUCUUACAACACCAAGAACAUUGUUGAAUUCCACUCUGACCACAUCAAGAUCAGAAAGGCUUCUUUCCCAGGUGUCCAAAUGAAAUUCGUUUUAGAAAAAUUAGUUGCUCAAGUCGGUUCUGUCGUCAAGGGUUACAAGCCAGUUGCUAUCCCAGCUCCAGUUCCAGCUAACCCAGCUACCCCAGCUGAAACUCCAUUAAAGCAAGAAUGGUUAUGGAACCAAGUCGGUAAGUUCUUAAAGGAAGGUGAUAUCGUUUUGACCGAAACCGGUACCUCUGCUUUCGGUAUUAACCAAACUCACUUCCCAACUAACACUUACGGUAUUUCCCAAGUCUUAUGGGGUUCUAUUGGUUUCACCGGUGGUGCCACUCUAGGUGCUGCUUUCGCCGCUGAAGAAAUCGACCCAAAGAAGAGAACUAUUGUCUUCAUUGGUGACGGUUCUUUACAAUUAACCGUUCAAGAAAUCUCCACCAUGAUCAGAUGGAACUUGAAGCCAUAUAUCUUCGUCUUAAACAACAACGGUUACACCAUUGAAAAGUUGAUUCACGGUCCAACCGCUCAAUACAACGAAAUCCAAAACUGGAAACACUUAGACAUCUUACCAACCUUCGGUGCUAAGGACUACGAAACCAUCAGAGUUGCUACCACCGGUGAAUGGGACAAGUUAGCUUCUGACAAGGCUUUCAACGAAAACUCCAAGAUCAGAAUGAUUGAAAUUAUGUUACCAGUCAUGGAUGCUCCAUCUAACUUAAUUGCUCAAGCUAAGUUAACUGCUGCUACUAACGCUAAACAAUAA